AUGGCGGAGGGCCUUCUCGAGGACCUUAAGCUCAAAGAAGACAUCAAGCGCUACUUGGCAUUGCUCGACCUCGAACAAUUCGAGGACGUGAUUCCGUUUGCAUUCAAAACAUUGACCUUGGAGUUCUUUACCACAAUCGCCAAGCAUGAAAAUGGAAAAUACCUUACCGCUCGUCUCAAGGGUAAGGAGUACAAGAUCACGGACAGAGUGUUGAAGGAAAUCUAUGAAUGCAAGUCUCAGACGAAGACACGCCACAGUCCCGCGGGGUUUCAAGUCGACCCGCAUUGGGCACUCCUCACUCCAUGCGAAAAGUACAAAAAGACCGGCGCAUCGUCAGGUUUGCUCACCGAUGUAGGACACGCAGUGAUUCACAAGUAUAUCUCGCACAUGGUCUUUGGGAAGCGUGAGUCCAACAAGGUGAUCGAACAGCAGGUCUUUAUCCUUUGGUCGGUAUCGAGAGACAAGCCAGUUAGCCUGCUGCAGUACCUCAAGAACGCCCUCUUCGAUAUACGAAAUGACACAAGGCGUGGCCCAAACUUGGGGCAUGUAGUUGCGGAUUUUGCCGAGUUCUUUGGGGUUGAGAUUGACGAACCCAAGGUUAGCGCCCAGUAUAUUGCCGAGAGGGAGCUCUCCGCCGCCGGGUUCAUUGACGAUCGUUAUACCAUUCGUCCCAUUCAGAAACGGAGGAGUUACAAGAUUUAUAUGGCAUCUAUAGGCCGGCAAGUUGCCCCGUCCUCAGCGGCAGCCGGUACUUCGAUCGAUUCAGCUGGAGAGGCCUCUGAUGAUGAAGACGAGGACGACUCCGAGGCCGACGGACAUCCCACCCACGGCACCAUUCAGCCUCCUCCAUCGAUGGGCGCCCACACGGAUGCGUUUUUCCAGUCGGCUCCCCCAGUUUGGUUCUCCGAAUAUGAGGCUCGGAAUGAGGCACGUUGGACUACUUUCACCCAACAGAACGACGCACGUUGGACGUCGUUCGUGGAGUCCAACGACGCACGUUGGACAGAGCAGACCACGAGGUGGAACGAGUUUGUUCACGGCAAUGAGGCGCACUGGACAGCCCAUGACAGCCGAUGGGACACCUGGGCAGCCCAGCAGUACCAGCAGUUGAGUUUGGAGUAG